AUGGACAAAAUAUUAUUCAAAUUCAUAGCGUUGGUUUUCUUUAUAUCCCUAGUACACUCCGUGUCAAUUUUAAGAAAACGAGAAGAAUGCAUCAAAUGCGCUUCCUACGUUCCAGAGAACCCAUUUGAUCCAUCCGAAUCCACAACUCUUAAAUCCUGUCUUAAAUACGUCACCGGAAAAGUCUUAUACCGUGACGAUGAUGAAUAUUAUAAUAACAUAAAAGGUUGCAAUUGUCGAACAAUCUAUUACCCUAUAGCAAUUGUUUAUGCUGCCAAUGUUGCAGAUGUACAAGAAUCAGUAAAUUGUGGUAACCAGCUGGGAAUUUCAGUAGUCGCAAGGUCAGGUGGACAUUCAUACGAGGAUUAUAGUUUAGGAGGAAGAAAUGGAGUGCUAGUGGUGGAUGUUGCAAACUUUGAUCAAAUUGUAGUUGACGAAGAAUCACAGACUGCAGUGGUAGGUACGGGAAACAAAGUAGGGCCAAUAUAUUAUGGGUUAAGUCAGUACGGUUAUUUGUUACCGACGGGGUCUUGUUCAAACGUUGGAAUUGGUGGUCAGGCUACUGGUGGUGGUUAUGGAUUUGUUGGUAGAAAAUACGGAAUGGCAUCUGACAAUAUUGUCGCUGCAGAAGUAGUUUUGGCUAAUGGAACAUUCCUUUCCCCGGUGAAUAGCUCUUCCCACUCGGAUCUCUUUUUUGCCCUUCGCGGUGCUGGAAACGCAGGUUACGGUAUAAUCACAUCUCUCACUAUUCAGAUCUAUCCUGUCCCCGAAAAAAUCGUCUAUUUUCAUUUGUCGUACGAUGAUGCCAAUAUUCAAUCAGUAUUUGAUGCCUACAAUCAAAUCGGCCCAUCACUAGACGAAAGUUUCUCUCUAUAUCUCACUCUAUCUCCGAAAACAAUCUGGGGAAACAACAGUUGUGCUUCAGCAGAUAAAAUCAACUUAUUUAGUAUGGGCACAUAUCUUGGUUCUCUCGACGAGGCAGUCGAAGGUUUAUCAGAUUAUUUGAAUGCAUCUAGUCCGAUAGAACCCGAGUUCACUGAAACUACAUGGUAUGAGGAACUACUAAGCUUUGUUGGUGGUGGUAAUUUGGAGAGCUUAAUUGAUCCGGAAUUUGAUCCUGAGCCAUUUAAAGUAAAAUCUUUUUUCAUCGAUUCGCCUGGUCUCACAGAGGAAGCAGUGACAGUACUGCAAACUUUCAUAAACACCGUGAAAUGUCGAACAUUAGCAAUGUUUGAGUUAAUCGGCGGCGGUGUUAACAACAACUUUUCACCAAAUGAAACUGCAUUCGUGCAUCGGAAUUCAUUGUAUCUAUUACAAUUCGAGAUGAAGCUACGUGGAGUGGAUGAAGAGGUGAGGAAGGAAUGCUUGGACGACAUUAGAGAUUUUAGUGUAAUGUUUCAGGAAAAAUACACUUCUUAUUACAGCUAUCAGAAUUAUAUUGAUAGUGAAUUGUUGGAUUGGGAACAUAGAUAUUACGGACAACAUUUUGAACGCUUGGUGGAGAUUAAGGCAAAGUACGAUCCAAAUAAUUUAUUUAAUUGGAACCAGAGCAUACCUAUUAGCAUUUGA